GUCUACAUUCUCACUGGACAGUCUGGAUCAGUGACCCCAGAUGCAGGCUAGUGGCAGCUCUGCUAGAGGUGCGACACAGUGUCCCAUCAACCCUGUCACAAAGUCCCUUCCUCAAAGUCGAAGAGACAGCACUCUAGGAGUGGUCAUUAGGAAUGUCCUAGCAAACACGAAAUUAGCUUUGACAAAAUUGCUGUAAAACAUGCACUUUCCUUAUCCUCACUGAUGAUGUAGCUUGUUACAUGUGUGUGUUACAUACUUACAUACACUAAGGAAACUGUGUUAAAAUUUUCUAUUUGUUUGGUUUGUUGUCAUCACUUUUACAUUAUGUAAUUGUCACAGUUGUACAGAAAAAAUUUGUGCAAUUAUUGUGUAAAAUUGUAACUGCGCAUCACAAAAUUCAGUGAGAAAGGAGAUAAAUGUUUAGCUGAGUCAUCUGAGGGUUAAAGCUUCCCAAUGGAGGCGGUUUAUACAACGCCCCUUGGGGACACUGACAGAUGCAUGAAAUUAUUGUUCAUAGCAUACCAGCCAUAGGUAUACA